AUGAAUUUCAUCCUUUCCGAAUAUUUCCCUCUUUUGGGACAAGUGAUGGUUUAUUAUGUAAAAGAUUAUAAAGUGGAGAGUGUGAGGGAGCUUACUCAGUAUGAUAGGGUUAUGGUGUAUAAGUUCCACGAGGAUGAGCAUGGUGAGGUUGUGGCAGAGAGUAAAAGGGCGGAUUUGGAGCCGUAUAUUGGGUUGCAUUAUCUGGCCACGGAUAUACCUCAGGCAUUGAGGUUUUUGUUUAAGCAGAAUAGGGUUAGGAUGGUUGUGGAUUGUAAUGCCAUGCUAGUUAGGGUGAUUCAGGAUGAUAGGCUUAUGCAGCCUUCAUGUUUGGUUGGUUCAACGCUUCAUGCUCCCCAUAGCUGUCAUGCUCAGUAUAUGGCUAAUAUGGGCUCAAUUGCCUCAUUGGCAAUGGUGGAUAUUAUCAAUGGAAAUGAUGAGGAAGGAGUUGGUGGGCGGAGUGCAAUGAGGUUAUGGGGUUUGGUGGUUUGUCAUCACACUUCUGCUAGGUGUAUUCCAUUCCCUCUUCGCCAUGCUUGUGAGUUCUUAAUGCAGGCUUUUGGACUCCAAUUGAAUAUGGAGUUGCAAUUGUCAUCACAGAUGUUGGAGAAACUUGUUUUAAGGACACAGACCCUCUUGUGUGAUAUGCUUCUUCGUGACUCACCUACUGGAAUUGUUACUCAAAGCCCUAGUAUUAUGGACCUUGUGAGUGUGAUGGGGCAGCCCUCUACUAUCAAGGGAAGUACUACCCUCUGGGUGUGACCCCAACUGAGGCCCAGAUAAAGGACAUAGUAGAGUGGUUGUUGGCUUUCCAUGGAGAUUCCACAGGUUUGAGCACAGACAGUUUGGGUGAUGCUGGGUACGAUGGAGUAGCCUUACUUGGAGAUGAAGUUUGUGGAAUGGCUGUUGCUUAUAUCACAAAAAGGGAUUUCCUGUUCUGGUUCCGGUCCCACACUGCAAAAGAGAUCAAAUGGGGUGGCGCAAAGCAUCACCCUAAGGACGUGCUGAUUUCCUCAAGCCAUGUUCGGUGGGGAGGCCGCUCUUGAACGUGCUGAUAGCAACAUCAUCAUGGUUGUCAUCUAAGUCGUUAUACACCUCCCAAUAUCUAUCCGAGUAUGCUUUUAGGGUUUCUCCUUCGUGCAUGGAUAAGGACAAUAAUGAACUAAGGGGUCGAGGGACUCUGGUGUUUGUGAUAAAACGGGAGCAGAAAGCCUGAGUGAGCUGCUUGUAGGAGCCUAUGGAAUUUGUCUUCAAGCUGUUAAACCACCUCAUCGCCAUUGAUCCCAAGUUGGAUGGGAAGAUUUUGCACAUUAGGGCUUCAUUUUGGGAGUAGAUUGCCAUUUUCUGGUUAAACUGGCUCACAUGCUCUACCGGGUCUGCUCGGCCAUUAUAAAUGGCGAACGCCGAUUGGUUGAAGCGUCGGGGCAGCUGAGCCCCUUCAAUUCUGUACGUGAAGGGUGAUCUCGAAACCUAGUCCAGCGCCUUCUUCAUAACAUCGUUCCCUGAACCCUUGCUGGAUGGGUUCUCAUAUUUCCGUACAGGGCAUGGUUCCUUUUCGUAGGAAAAGGUUUCACUUGGGGGGGUCCUUGACCUCCGUCGGUAACUCGCAUCCUCCACAUUAGAAGACUCGUCUGAGUCAGAGGGGGAUUGUUUUCGCCGCACACGUCGUAACUCCCUUUUCAGGUCAUCUAUCUCCCGCUGCAUGGCCUGAUGACUAUUUCGCCUCUGGGACACGUGACUGCCUGUCUAAGUGUGACUUUGGCUCGUCCGAAUAGUAUGCACACUUCCCUCACGAUUCCCCCUUCUGCCUGGGUUGGUGGGGUUAUUCUGCCUCUGGGACUCGGCGGGUUGUGUCUGUUGGGAGUUUGCCUGGUGAGGAUUCUCCUGGUGUGGGCCUAGUUCUGCCAUACUUCGACCGUUGUGCUAGCUGAUGCUGUAGUUCUUCCCACAGACGGCGCCAAUUGUAGUUGCACGAUUUCUUGGCCCAAACCCUUUUGAUCAUGCCCUGGCCCAAGAUACAACAUACAAUAAAUACUUGUAGAGGAUGGGUCAAAGAACUUAGCCUCAGUGAACCUAGUCGGCCUAAGGUAUGGAGAAUGUUGUUGCAAGUAUAAAAACACCAGAAUGGAUACUCCACAGAAAGUUCUAUUUCCUGAAUGCUGAAUACAGUUUUUUCCGUCCCCUUCUUUGAGGGACUCCCUUACAUUAUAUAGCUCUCUCAUUCUUAUCUGAACCUUACACUUGUUGAUCAUCUAAGCCCCCACUUGAGCACCUGUCCUAUCAGACACCUUUAUCACUCCUUUGUGAGUUGCAGUGGCCAAGGUAGUACUGUUCAGGGGUCUUUUCCUCAUUAAUGCGGCCAAGAGAGUGGUUGUGGCACAUUUAAUGUGGUGGUAGCAGCUUUCCAUGAGAUAUUUUGGGUUUUAUUCUUUUUUAUAUACUCGGAGGACGAGCUGCAGUGGUUGGGGCGAGCUUUUUGAUCCGGACUUCGUGUUGUCCGAAAAGGUGUUACUCCUCGGACAGGUUUAUUUUACCGCAGUUGGGCUUGAAUAAUGUUUUGGUUAUGACUUCUCCUCGGACAUGAUGCUCCUCGGAUGAGCCUAUAUUUAACUAGCCCAUUAUUUUGGGCCGGGCCCCACAAGAUCAAUUUCUGAUGAAUUUGUUGAAAAAUUGG